AUGACAGGUGCUGUUACGGUAUUCCUCAUAUGCUGUCUCCUUCAAGGUUGCUUGUGCCAAAACUGGGCAGCCUUCAUGCCUCAGUCUGUACAGGGACUGAGUGGAUCCUGUGUGAUCAUCCCCUGCAGUUUCGAGUUGCCCUCACAAUGGGAAACAUCGCUGGAUGAUUCUUGUAAAGCCAUAUGGAAGAGAGGCAGCUGGAUAAGAACGCAGGUGUUUGAUUCCAGCCUCACUGGAGCCAGUGCAAGCGCAAACAUCCUGCAAGGAAACCUGACGGGGACAUUGCUUAAAAAGGACUGCACCACCAUCUUCUACAACAUGCCAUCUAACCAUUACGACAACUAUUAUUUUAGACUGCAGUGUGACAACAUGCUGAAGUACAACUUUCAAACGAGUGUUGUUAUUAAUAUUCAAGAUUCACUGCCCAGACCUACCAUAACUCCAUCCAGACUGGAGGUAGAGGAAGGGACCACAGUGAGGUUGAACUGCUCGGCUACAGCUCCAUGUCCCAGUGUGCCUCCAGCUCUGACAUGGACACCCAGUUUAGGUGACACAGAGGAAUAUGUGGAAACUAAAACAGUGACCUCUGUUAUAAACUUCACCGCUUCUUACGUCCACAAUGGCCAGAAGAUCUCCUGCGCUGCGCUCUACAACCGAGAAGUUGGCGGAAGUGACCUUUUAUAUGAAAGAGGUUUCACCCUCCGUGUUCUUUAUGCUCCAAAUAACACAUCAGUCAGUUACUCUGGUCCUGUGAAAGAGGGCAGCUCAGUGACUCUGACCUGCAACACCAAUGCAAACCCAGCUGCGGACAGCUACACCUGGUAUAAAGUGGACGGAGAUCAGGUGACGCCUGCGGGUUCUAGGAAGCAGCUUUCACCUACAGUCUCAGAAGUUGACAGCCAAUUUUACUGCACAGCCAGUAACAGAUACGGAGCCCAGAACUCAUCCAUCACUCUGAUAGAUGUACUAUUUUCUCCCAAGGAAACAUCAGUAAUCAUUGAACCUUCUGGUCCAAUAGUGGAAGGUAGCUCUGCUACUUUGUUCUGCAGCAGCCGUGCCAACCCACCUGUGACCAACUACACCUGGUAUAAAGAUGCUGAGGAGGAUAAGGAGCCUGGGCCGAACCUGGUUAUAGACAGUGUCGAACUCAGCCACCGUGGUGACUACCACUGUGAAGCAAAAAACGACCUGGGAGAAGAAACAUCUGCAACGAUUCAGUUGGACAUUGAGUAUCCCCCCAAGAACACCUCAGUGUUGGCUGACCCCUCUGGUCCGGUGCAAGACGGCAGCUCUGUGACUCUGACCUGCACAAGCGUCGCCCAUCCAGCAGAGUUGAACUUCACCUGGUACAGAGUGGCAGAAAGUGAAAAGGAGAUGGUGGGGACUGACAGAGACUUCACCCUCAAUGUAACCAAAUUUUCAGAGGAUCAGUAUUACUGUGAAGCUCUGAAUGUCCACGGAACUGGAUCCUCUGAGUCUGUCAUGAUGGAUGUCACAUUUGCUCCAGAGAUCCUGCCUUCCUCCUACUGUUACAAAGUUUUAUCCAUGAUCCGAUGUUCCUGUAACAGCCAAGGAAACCCGCUUCCCUCCCUGGUUUGGGAAUUGGCCGGGGAGCCUGUCAAUCACUCAGACGAUCUGCCAAUCAGAGUAGUGCCCCUGGGGAGCAUAGACAUAAGGAGUGUCAUCACCCUGCGCCAUCUGGAUGAAGACAUGCCCUCUCUGAUCUGUCUCAGCAUCAAUUCACUGGGCUCUGAUAGUUUCACAUUCAACGUGUCGGCCAGUGAAACUCAUACUGAUCAUAUGUAUUGUGGCUUUUCAGGUAUCCAUCUUGAGUCUCUGUUGAUUGGUUCUGCAGCAGGAGUGUUGGGGAUGCUGCUGUUUUGUGCUCCUCUGCUGCUAGUCCUCUGCUGUAAGAGAAAGAAAGGCAGCCUUUCACCUGACAAGGAUGUGGUGGACGUUUCAGACAUUUUAGUUACUAAUGGGACCAACCCUUCAAAAGUGGAUGUAAUUUUUGUCAAUAAAGCCACCAUAGAGGAAGGAGUAAAGGAGGACCCAUUACUCUAUGCCAAUGUGGACUUCACUAAACACCAGGCGAAGUCAGACAGUGGAGGGGAGAUAAGAGGCCUUGCCUCCAAGACUGCCGAGUAUGCUGAGAUUCGCCUGCACUCCAGAGGAAGCAAUGGAGGAGAGGCAAAGGAUGAAAGAACAAUUGCAGACACUCAUUUUGGACAAGGUAGUGUUUCAUAGGACAGGUCAGUGGUGAGGUUAUAGCUUAACAGUAGUGAAAUG